AUGGCUGAAGCAGCAAAAAGGUAUGCUGUUGUCACAGGAGCAAACAAAGGGAUAGGAUUUGAGAUAUGUAAGCAGUUGGCUUCAAAUGGGAUCACUGUGGUGCUAACAGCAAGAGAUGACAAAAGGGGUCUUGAAGCUGUUGAUAAACUGAAACAACUUGGUCUUUCUGACCAAGUGGUUUUUCAUCAGCUUGAUGUGACUGACUUAAAUAGCAUUGCUUCCCUUGCAAAUUUCAUCAAAACCCAGUUAGGAAAACUUGAUAUCUUGGUGAAUAAUGCAGCAAUAAUGGCAGCAAAUUAUGACAGUGAUGCUUUUAAAGCUUCAAUUACUGCUGGGGAAAUAGUUGAUUGGAGUAGAUACAUGACUCCAACUGAUGAAUCUGUAGCAGCAGGAUUUAGAGCAAACUACUAUGGUGCCAAAGACAUUUGUGAAGCACUUAUUCCCCUUCUAAAGUUUUCAGACUCACCAAGGAUUGUUAAUGUUUCUUCCGGACUCGGGAAUUUGGAGUUCAUAUCAAAUGGAUGGGCUAUAGGAGUCCUAAGUGAUGUUGAAAGCCUUACAGAGGAAAAAGUGGAUGAGGUUUUGAAUCAGUUCCUUGAAGAUUUUAGAGAGAGUUUAGUAGAAACCAAAGGCUGGCCUGCUUUUGCACCUGGAUAUUCAGUCUCAAAAGCUGCUUUGAAUGCCUACACAAGGAUUCUUGCCAAGAAAUACCCAACUUUUUACAUCAAUGCUGUUUCCCCUGGUUUUGUGAAAACAGAUUUAAACUACAAUAAUGGCAUUUUGACUGUUGAGGAAGGUGCUGAAAGUGCUGUAAGGUUGGCUUUGCUACCUAAUGGUGGUCCUUCUGGCCUCUUUUUCUCUCAAAAUGAAGUGGCACCAUUUUGA